GGACUUCUUCCAGCUGCUGCCCAACCUCACCUGGCUCGACCUCCGGUACAACAGGAUCAAGGCGCUGCCCUCCGGGAUCGGGGCUCACAAGCACUUGAAAACUUUGCUCUUAGAGAGAAAUCCUAUCAAGAUGUUACCAGUGGAGCUGGUGACCCAAGAGCUGUGUUGAAGUCUUCCAGCGAGACUGUGGAUUUGUCCCCCUCCUUUUACACCUGUAGAUCUUGCUUCACCUGCUCGGCACUGCGCUGUUGGUGGGACAGAGUUCCCACGGAUCUGGCCCCAAGUCGCUGGCUGAACAGAACGUUGCUUGCUUGGUUUCCUCCUGCCGCUGUGAGCUCCGCUCCUCUGAGACGUCGUGGAGGUGCUGGGUUCUGUGAUAGUCAUCAAAAAGAAAAGCAGCUAGGCUCACAGGGCAGCGCUCAAGCUGUCCUGUUGCCGUGGGCACGAGAGACAUCGGGGUCCCCACAGCUCCUGCAGCCGUGGCGGGGCCUCUGGAGCCUGGCCUGGGGCUGUGGGGUUCAGGCCUCAGCCAAAGGUUUGCACGUGGGAUUUCUGUGCCUCCUACACUCUGGCCCCCUGGCUCUCCCCCCGCGCCCUGGCCUGUGCUGUAGCCUUCGGGUGCAUGAGGCCCCGCCGGCUUCCUUCUGUGCCACCGCCGCCCUGACCUCCUCGACCCAGCGUCCCCUGCAGCUGUCGCCCCCCCGCCUCCGCCGGGCCCCCGCCGCCCUCCUGGCGUGGAGCUGCUGCAGCUGCUGGGAGCAGAAGUUCAGUGAUUGUUUUAGUGAUGAACCUGAUGGUGCAUCCUGGAUGUGUUACGUUUUCUGUGACGUGUUCUGCUGACACCCUCUCCGGCUGGGCCGCGAGGCCGAGGUCCUGGUGGACUCCGUGUCUGCUCUCUGGCGCCUCGGGCCGCGUGACGACGCUGAGAGCACUGAACCUGAGGCACUGUCCGCUCGAGUUCCCUCCGCAGCUGAUCGUGCAGCGCGGGCUGGCGGCCAUCCUGACGUUCCUGCGGAUCUGCGCCGCGGAGCACUCCUUACCCAGGGGGUCGGCGUCGGCGUCGGCGUCGGCGUCGCAAG